UGCAAAAUGCAAAAUGCAAAUUGCAUUACCCUCAGGCUUUGGUUUAUUUUGCCUUUGCUCGUUCAUUCCUUCCAACCGCAAGAACCAAUUCGAAACCGCCUGUUAUUUCUUUCUUGUGAACUGUGAGUCAGUGAGUGACGCACACACCGCAGCAGAGGCCACAGAGUUGAGCAAUCCCAAAAAUCCCAAAAUCCCAAAAUCUCUCUUCUCUUCUCUUCUCACAUGGUGUGGAUAAAGCAAACCUAGGAAGAAGCAACUCUAUUUGAAUCUAACAAUCUUGAACAACAGCUUCAAUGAGUAACACAAAUCUCUCACCGCCACAACCGCCGGAAGAAGAUGCUUGGAUUCACACUUAUCACAAAUUGCUUCCUCAUUGGCAAUCCCAAUCCCAAUCUCUCUAUCAAUCUUAUCAGUCAACAAUCCCAAUUUCAAUCUCGAGAGUAAAUCAAGUCGAUGCAGCAAGACUGGACGUUGAAAUGUCGGCCAUGUUAAAAGAACAGUUGGUUAAAGUCUUCUCUUUGAUGAAGCCAGGAAUGUUAUUUCAAUACGAAGCAGAGCUCGAUGCUUUCCUUGAGUUUCUUAUUUGGCGGUUCUCAAUUUGGGUAGAUAAGCCUACUCCCGGGAUUGCUCUCAUGAAUUUGAGGUACAGAGAUGAACGUGCAGUGGAGCCAAGAGGAAAAGUCAGAACUGGUCUAGAAGGACCUGGACUUACUGUGGCUCAGAAGAUUUGGUAUUGUGUUGCCACUGUUGGUGGCCAAUACAUGUGGGCUCGUUUACAGUCAUUCUCUGCUUUUCGUAGAUGGGGUGAUUCUGAGCAGAGGCCAUUGGCACGGCGAGCAUGGAUGUUGAUACAACGUAUAGAAGGAUUAUAUAAAGCUGCCUCAUUUGGCAAUCUUCUCAUAUUUCUUUAUACAGGAAGGUUCAGGAAUCUUAUUGAAAGAGCUUUAAAAGCCAGGCUUGUCUAUGGGAGCCCCAAUAUGAAUCGAGCUGUUAGCUUUGAGUACAUGAACCGCCAGUUAGUGUGGAAUGAAUUCUCGGAGAUGCUUUUGUUACUUCUUCCUCUUCUUAAUUCAUCAUCCAUAAGAAACCUUCUUAGCCCAUUUUCUAAAGAUAAAGCUUCAAGUUCGGCAGAGGAUGACACUGCUUGCCCCAUUUGUCUGGCUAGUCCAACCAUUCCAUUUCUGGCGCUUCCUUGUCAGCACAGAUACUGUUAUUAUUGUCUUAGGACAAGAUGUGCUGCAACUCCAUCAUUCAGAUGUUCCAGGUGCAGUGAGCUGGUCACCGCCAUGCAGCGGCAUAGUAGUGUGAACAAUUUAGACCCAAAACAAUAAUUAUUAUUUUUUACAAAGGGCGAAGGAAAUAAAUUAAAGCAUUAUUAUUGGUACAGCAAUGUAUUAAAGAACAUGCCUGAAAGUAGAACUACUUUUUUUUCCCCUCCCAUUUUUUUUUAACAAGAAAUCAAUUCCCUGUAAAAGCAUUAUUCCACUAGUGAGUGGGGGGCUUCAUUCUUUGUCAUCUUUCCAGUAUUGUUAUUAUUCAAAUAUACCAUUGUUUCUUUCUGAUUCA